CCUCUCCUCCCUCCCUAGCCUUCCCCGCGAGCGGACGCGGCAGCGCCUCGGUCUCGCUUUUUCUUAUUUUCCCCCCCUUCCCCUUCCUUUUUUUUUCUCCUUUUUUCCCCUUCCUCCCUUUCACCAUUUCCCCUUGGAGGCGCUUCCCCCGGGCAGGGGCAGAGCCGGUCUCCCUCCCCGCCUCUCCCCGGCCCCCGCCGCCCUAUGGAGAGAGGGAGCCCCCUCCCCACCCGGGCACUAGCGGUGGCCGUCGGAGGAGCGAGACCGGCGCUGGCGGCCUCAGGUCCAGGGUCGUCAUGGAACUGAUUCGCUGACCGACCCACCGGCUGCAGCCGUGCGUCCUGCUCGAACCCCAGUGCCCCCGGCCCCCGGCCCGGUUCCCCCCUCUUCUCCCUCCUCCGUCGGCCCGGUCCUGGUCCCGCGCGCCCCGCCGCCGCGCGCCGAGGAAGAUGAGGUGGUAGCGGGGCCCCCGGAUGACCCCGCGUCACCACUGCGAGGCGAAGAGCUCUGCCCGGGAGGAGGAAGAGGAGGAGAAGGUAGCUACAUCAAGCUGGGAACCAGGCAGAACCAAAGGAUAUCAUGAAGUUUCCAGGGCCUUUGGAAAACCAGAGAUUGUCUUUCCUUUUGGAAAAGGCAAUCUCUAGGGAAGCUCAGAUGUGGAAGGUAAAUGUGCCGAAAAUGCCUACAAACCAGAAUGUUUCUCCAUCCCAGAGAGAUGAAGUGAUUCAGUGGCUGGCCAAACUCAAGUACCAAUUCAACCUUUACCCAGAAACAUUUGCUCUGGCUAGCAGUCUUUUGGACAGGUUUUUAGCUACUGUAAAGGCCCAUCCAAAAUAUUUGAGUUGUAUUGCAAUCAGCUGUUUUUUCCUAGCUGCCAAGACUAUUGAGGAAGAUGAGAGAAUUCCAGUACUGAAGGUGUUGGCAAGAGACAGUUUCUGCGGAUGUUCUUCAUCUGAAAUUCUGAGGAUGGAGAGAAUUAUUUUGGAUAAGUUGAAUUGGGACCUUCACACAGCCACACCAUUGGAUUUUCUUCACAUUUUCCAUGCCAUUGCAGUAUCAACUAGGCCUCAGUUACUUUUCAGUUUGCCUAAACUGAGCCCAUCUCAACAUUUGGCAAUCCUAACCAAGCAACUACUUCACUGUAUGGCCUGCAACCAAUUUCUGCAAUUCAAAGGAUCCAUGCUUGCUCUGGCCAUGGUUAGUUUGGAAAUGGAGAAACUCAUUCCUGAUUGGCUUCCCCUUACAAUUGAACUGCUUCAAAAAGCACAGAUGGAUAGCUCCCAGUUGAUCCACUGUCGGGAGCUUGUGGCACAUCACCUUUCUACUCUGCAGUCUUCCUUGCCUCUAAAUUCCGUUUAUGUCUACCGUCCCCUCAAGCACACCCUGGUGACCUGUGACAAAGGAGUGUUCAGAUUACAUCCCUCCUCUGUCCCAGGCCCAGAUUUCUCCAAGGACAACAGCAAACCAGAAGUGCCAGUCAGAGGUACAGCAGCCUUCUAUCAUCAUCUCCCAGCUGCCAGUGUCUGCAAGCAUGCCUCUGCCAAACGCAAAGUAGAGGAAAUGGAAGUGGAUGACUUCUAUGAUGGAAUCAAACGGCUCUAUAAUGAAGAUAAUGCUUCAGAAAAUGUGGGGUCUGUGUGUGGCACUGAUCUGUCAAGGCAGGAGGGACAUGCUUCCCCUUGUCCUCCUCUGCAGCCUGUGUCUGUCAUGUAGCUUCAGGUGUUACCUUUAAGUGCAAGCUGAGGUCUACUACUCUGGGAGCAGGAACAUGGAAGACCAGGGAAGGUAUAUACUGAGUCAGGCUGAUUUGAAGUGAGCCAGAAAAGAAACAAAACCAUUUAUUAGUGUGGCUAAUUAUAAUUCAACAUUAUUUAAGCACUUAAAGACCAAAUAAAAGUAUAAAAUUCAAAAGAUCCAACAAUUUUCAGUAAAAAAUUUCUUUGUAGUAUUUGUCAAUUCUGCCAUUUACUCUGCUAAAAUGUAAUGUAGGUUCCCCAUGUUAAAAAUUCACAUUCAGUGUUGUGUUUUUUUAAGUCCUAAAAUUCAUAGCUAGCAAACCCUGUCCCAUGUCCUGACUUAAUUUUCCUCUUGCUUUUGCUUGCUUUUUUAUUGAAUACUUAAUGAAUUUUAUGCAUGUUGAUCUAUAGCCUGACUUCCACUGAUUAGGAAACCCUCAAAAUUAUUUUUUAGCAAUUCAGUGAACAGAUUAUUUCAGAUUGACGGCCAUAUUUAAUCCAUGAUUCAAAUUCAAAUUAAUCUGAAAAGGUACUUCAAAAUUGCCCCAAAUGAAUCAGAGAUGAUAAUAGACAAAGGACUCACAUUGCCACAUUGAUUUUUGUAUUUGUCUCAUUUCAGUUUCUAGGAUUUGGGAAAAAAAAUUAUUUUUAUUUUUGAUGAUCUUAAACUGAAACUUAAAAGUGUCAUAUAAUUAGGAUACUUUUAGAUUUGCUAAAGCAUUUUUGACAUUUGGAUAAGAAAUUUGUGAUAAAUAUGUUGAAGUACUUAUCAAAGAAACAUGUAACAACUAAAAUUUAGAUUUUAUUUUUUUGUAAUUUAUCAGCUCCUUUUCACUCUAUAAUCAGUAGGAGAGACUGUCGUGAUGUUGGGGCAGCUCUAUGAUUGGGUCUGUGACAUGUAAAACUGAAUUUAGUUCCCUAGUUUUAUGUUAAGCUAUUAGGAUUUUCUGGAUAAAAGUUAUUCUCUGCCUCCCAAGCCUACCUAUAUUUCUCUUAGUGACUCCUGUAAUCUGAGCUCCCUGUGCAGUCUGAAGAAGGUAUUGCAGCCAGAACCAGCCAUGUACUGAUGAUGAUAAAAGCCGCUGGUAGCAAUAAACGUUGUCCUUAACCUU